GCUCGUUUUUCCCCCACAACCAAGGGAAGAUUGCGAGCUCUCUCGCUAUAACUCAUCAACACUCCUCCUCCUUCAAAACCUUGACCCGGUUCUGAUCAAGCAAACCUUCACGCUACUCGUAUCUACCUGCUCCACCCCGAGAGCUAUAGACGUCGUCUGGGUCGAAAAGACGUGCGAAAGGACUCCCUCUUGUCGGACCCGAAAUACCGAGCUCGUAGAAGCAGCUUGAACAUUUCGUUUCCUCCAAAAAAAUAAUCAACCUGAUCGUAAAUCACCUUUAGACGGGAUUCCAGGACCGUACAGACUCUAGGACAGAAGAAAGGGCAACAAUAAAACAUGUACCGAUCCUCUUUGCGUCAAUACCGGGCUGCCGCGAGGCUGUCUACUAUCGCCGGUCAAGCGGGAGCUCGAGUCAGGCCCGUGCCGACCUUUACGUCGGUGAGCGGACGAGCUCUCUCAACUUCGUCGGUGCUCCGAGCUGUGGCUGCUCCUGCCGUCGGUAACUACACACCCAGCACGGAUGGUCCCACGCUCAACAGCCCGAGCGAGCUCGCCAGGAAGAUCUCGGCUCAGGUCCUGCCUCGACUGCCUCCUGUCGAUGUGAAAAAGGUGUUGGUCGUCGGAUCGGGUGGUCUGAGUAUCGGUCAGGCUGGAGAGUUCGAUUAUUCUGGAUCCCAAGCCAUCAAGGCCCUGAAAGAAUCAAAUAUCGAUACCAUCCUGAUCAACCCCAACAUUGCGACGAUCCAGACCUCGCAUCAUCUUGCCGACACCAUCUUCUUCUUGCCCGUCACCGCCGACUAUGUAGCCUACGUAUUGGAAAAGGAACGACCAGACGGAAUCUUGCUCACUUUUGGAGGUCAAUCGGCUUUGAACGUCGGUAUCCAGCUCGACAAGAUGGGUAUUCUCGAGAGGUUGGGCGUGCAGGUUUUGGGUACGCCCAUCAGGACCUUGGAGGUCUCCGAAGAUCGAGACUUGUUUGUGCAAGCAUUGAACGAGAUCGACAUUCCCGCUGCCCAUUCGGUCGCGGUAUCAUCCAUCCAGGGUGCCCUUGAUGCCGCUGCUCAGAUCGGAUACCCCAUCAUUGUCCGAUCAGCCUUUUCGCUUGGAGGUCUUGGUUCCGGUUUCGCUCACGACGAGGAAGAGUUGAGGAACUUGAGUGCCAAGUCUCUCAGUCUGAGUCCCCAGAUCUUGGUCGAGAAGAGCUUGAAGGGUUGGAAGGAGGUUGAGUACGAAGUUGUUCGAGACGCUGCCGAUAACACGAUCAUUUGCUGUAACAUGGAGAACUUUGAUCCCCUCGGAACACACACCGGUGACUCGAUCGUCGUUGCCCCCUCGCAAACCUUGACGGACGAGGAGUACCACAUGCUGAGGAGUGCUGCGAUCAAGAUCGUCAGGCACGUUGGUGUUGUAGGAGAGUGCAACGUGCAAUACGCUCUCAACCCCAAGAGCAACGAAUACAUGGUUAUCGAGAUGAACGCUCGUCUUUCCCGAUCCAGUGCUCUCGCUUCGAAAGCCACGGGUUACCCCUUGGCGUACACCGCUGCCAAGAUCGCACUUGGUCAUACCCUGCCCGAAUUGCCCAACGCCGUUACCAAAUCGACUACCGCUUGUUUCGAGCCUUCGCUCGAUUACAUUGUUACCAAAAUCCCCAAGUGGGACCUGGCCAAAUUCCAGUAUGUGGAACGAUUCGUCGGCUCGGCCAUGAAGUCGGUAGGAGAGGUUAUGGCCAUCGGACGUACUUUCGAAGAGUCUUUGCAGAAGGCUAUUCGUCAGGUUGACCCUCGAUUUUCUGGGUUCGAGGCCUACUGGAAGCCUGAAGAACUCGACUAUCACCUGGCCAACAACAACGACAGGCGAUUGUUCGCCAUCGCUCACGCCAUGCUCAACUUGGACUAUUCGGUAGACCGAUUGCACGACCUCACCCAGAUCGACAAGUGGUUCCUUUACAAGCUCGAGAACAUUGUCGAGGUUCACAAGCGAAUUCAAUCUACCAAGUUCGAUGCCAUUGACUACAACUUGAUGAUGUCGGCCAAGAAGACUGGUUUCUCGGACACCCAGAUCGCCGAUUUGACUGGGAAGAAGGAGGACGAAGUCCGGGCUUUGAGGAAAUCUCUUGGAAUCACCCCCUUCGUCAAGCGUAUCGACACCCUCGCUGCCGAAUACCCCGCUUUCACCAACUACCUUUACACCACUUAUAACGCCUCGACACACGAUGUUGAGUUCGAUGAACACGGUACCAUGGUCUUGGGAAGCGGAGUGUACCGUAUUGGAAGCAGUGUCGAGUUCGAUUGGUGCGCGGUCACCUGUUCGCGAGCGGUCAGGAAUCUCGGAAAGAAGACGAUCAUGAUCAACUACAACCCCGAGACGGUAUCCACCGACUUCGACGAAGCCGACCGAUUGUAUUUCGAAGAGCUGGGUUUCGAGAGGGUCAUGGACAUCUACGAGAUGGAAGGUGCUGAAGGAGCUGUCGUUAGCGUCGGAGGUCAACUCCCUCAGAACAUUGCGUUGAGGCUGAAGAACAGCGGGGUCAACGUGCUCGGAACGGAUCCUGAGCAGAUCGACAACGCCGAGGACAGGCACAAGUUCUCUUCCAUCUUGGACAGUAUCGGCGUCGAUCAGCCUGAUUGGACCGAAGCAUCUUCCCUCGAGGAUGCCAAGGCUUUCGCCAACCGUGUCGGUUACCCUGUCCUUAUCCGACCGUCUUACGUCCUUUCCGGUGCCGCCAUGAACGUUGUAUGGGACGAAUCCACCAUGGAUCACUUCUUGUCUGCUGCCGCCGACGUCUCUCCUGAUCACCCCGUUGUCAUCACCAAGUUCAUCGACAACGCACAGGAAAUCGAUGUAGACGCCGUGGCCCACAAGGGACGCCUGAUCGUCCACGCCGUGUCUGAACACGUCGAAAACGCCGGGGUGCAUUCCGGAGAUGCCACUCUUGUUCUCCCUCCCUUCUCCCUUUCGGAUGAGGACCUUGACCGUCUCAAGGUGAUUGCCGAGAAGGUCGGAAAGGCUUGGGAGAUCUCAGGACCAUACAACAUGCAGAUCAUCCGAAAGCCUCCUGUUGACGGAAAGCCCGCUGAACUGAAGGUCAUCGAGUGUAACCUGCGAGCGUCGCGAUCCUUCCCUUUCGUGUCGAAGGUAUUGGGACACAACUUCAUCGAUACGGCCACCGCUGCCAUCAUGGACCAGAACGUACCUGAGCCUGUAGAUCUCAUGAAGGAGAAGCGAGAUUACGUCGCUAUCAAGGUCCCUCAAUUCAGUUGGACCCGUCUCGGAGGCAACAAGGGAGGUGCUGAUCCUAUGCUUGGUGUCGAGAUGGCUUCGACCGGUGAGGUAGCAGCUUUCGGCCGAAACGUACAGGAGGCCUACUUCAACGCCACCAUGUCUGUCAACGGCUUCAAGUUGCCCAAGCUUGGGUCGGGGGUUCUUAUCGGAGGAGAUAUCGACAGGCCAGAGAUCGGCCUGGUAGCGAAGGGCUUGUCAGAUCUCGGGUUCAAAAUCUUCUGUUCGAGCGCGGCUGUCGAGGAGCACUUGAACUCAAUUCCCUACCUGUCUGCGUCCAAGAUCUUCUUCCCUGUCAAGGACAAGGGCAAGCUUUUCGAGGCUUUCGAGAACGCCAACAUCCAGAUGGUGAUCAACCUGUGUCGAUCUCGAGCACCCAACACCCUGGACGAAAACUACGUUGCCCGCCGAAACGCCGUCGACUUUGGUAUUGCUCUCAUGACGAACCCCAACCUUGCCCUCUUGUGGGUAGAGACGUUGGCAGCAAAAAUCGCCUCCGGCGGCAUGCAGCCGUACCAGGAAGGACAGAUCCCAGAGGACGUCAAGUCAUGGCGAGAAUGGGUGCCUCACGCAUAGAAACGGGGCUAUCACGACCAUUCACAUUGCACGGCGGGCUAGCCGUUUGCCCUCACCGACUCGAAAAGGAUGCCUUGGAAGCUAGACUAGGGUGAUCAGGCUCGCCUUCAGAACAAGAGUAGCCCCUUAUUUCUUAGAGGCCUUUCGAGACGCUUGUACAUUUUCAAUCUUAAUCACGACACAAUCGAUUUCAUUCCCGCAUAUCGUCACAUUUCUAUCGAUCACGGAUUGAUGGGAUCGACUGAUGUCACGUGACAAUCAAG